AUGUCUGGUCGCGGUAAGGGAGGAAAAGGACUGGGAAAAGGAGGAGCGAAGCGCCAUCGUAAAGUUCUUCGUGAUAACAUCCAGGGAAUCACAAAGCCCGCUAUUCGCCGACUUGCUCGUCGCGAAGGUGUCAAGCUUAUUUCUAGCUUGAUCUAUGAAGAAACCCGUGGUGUUCUUUAG